AUGAAGCUCCUUAUUCGAACAUCAGUUUUUGUUAUGCAAUGUACAAAACGAAGGUUCAGCAAUGCACCUCUUCAAAGUGCAACAGGUAUAGAAAAUACUAAAAGAUUGAAAAAUCGUUUUAUCAUCAAGUAUUUCACUCAAUCGGAUUCAAGUAUCAAUGAAACACUGAGGGAUCAACACUCAGUCAUUAAAGAUAAACAUUGGAAAGAGAUGCGAGCAGAAUUGUUGAAUAAUUUUGAAUUAACAGAUUUCAGUGUUGAUGCACAGCUUAUUGAAUUGGUCAAUUUUUACAAGAGGCCAGAGGCUGUAUUGGAUUACAUAAAAUUUUUGAAGAAGAAUGAUUAUGAUAUCAAUUUAAAUUUGAUAAACAAAUAUUUCAAAUCUUAUUAUAGUAGAAAAAAACCCCUUACUCCAGAAGAGGAAGAAGAAAUAUUCAAAUUAUAUGAUGAUAUUAGAAAAAAAUAUCAUCUAUUGGAUGCUACCACGUGUGAAUCCUGUAUAUUAGCCUUGUCCCUGACUCAAAGGUGGAAAGAGAGUAUUGAACUGUUGGACAUUAUAAAGUUCUCUUCUAGCCCUGGAUUGUUAGUGUACACAGCCAUAAUAAGUGCUGCUUUUAAAAACAAUGAGCAUGACAUAGGCAUGAUGUAUUUAAACUUGACAAUGCCAAAAAGUCCAAUUCAUCCUGACUCUUUAUUAGCUUACUUGGAUUACUGUCAACGAAAUUUAAAAGGUCAUAAGUUACAGCAAAGUUUAGAAAAAAUGUUCCUUUUUUGGAGGGAACAUAGUUUAAUCCCAAUACAGUCAGUUGUCCAGGCGUACUGUAAUGUUUAUGAAUCUUUUCAACACAUCGCAAACACUGCAGUAGUCGCAAGAAGCGGCGUUUGUUCGAGUUGUUACACCACAUUGCCUCAAACUACACUCACGAGUGCAGAGUUUAAAAUGUUAUCUGUGUCGGUGCUAAAAAACGUAAUAAUUGGAGAAAACAUGUUUUGUUCGACGUCGCCCCAAGAGUUGAAAAAAUAUUUGCUAUUUAUUCAAACUUUAAAACCCUAUGAUGUGGUCAUCGAUGGACUGAAUGUGGCUUACUCUACCAAAAGAGAAAACAUCCAACAGAAAGGGUCUCUACAAACUAUUUUAAAUGUUGUAAACGAUUUUGUUCGGCAAAACAAAAGAGUUCUCAUCAUUGGUAGAGCUCAUAUGAUGUGGUGGUGCAAAGAAGUCAUGAAUAAGAUACAACAAAAAGCAGAUGUGUACUUGGUGAAAAACAUCUCUGAAGACGACCCAUUCUUAUUGCACGUCACACUAGUUAGCGGGCCACAAACAUACUUUGUAUCCCGAGAUCUGAUGCGAUCCCACAAAUUUAAGCUCGACCCAAGCAUUCAAAACUUGUUUAAGCGCUGGCAGCUGUCUCGUCAAUACCUUUACAAAUCAGAUGCAAAGAAAUUGCGGCUACAUCUGUUACCACCGAUUCUCUUUGAUGUCAGUACUCAACAAAACGAAAAUGGCUGGCACAUACCUUUUGUACAAUCCAAUCAUCUGAUUCAGCCUGACAUCUACAAGCAGCCGGAUCACUGGAUUUGUUUGAAGAAAAUUGAGAAAACAACGGCAAAAAAGUAGAGUCGGUGUAUUUGUUUAAACAGUGUAAAUUUUUCUUCAAUAGGAAAGACGAAUAUAUAAAAUAUUGUAUAAUAAUGUUUCGUAGUAGCGCCCGAAACCUAUUAAUUUUUGC